UAUUAAAAAAUAAUACAAAAAACUUGAAAAAAUAACAAUAGAAAAUGAUCUCAUGAAGAAUAAGAAAAUUAGAGAGAUAAUAGAUUAUUUUAUUUUAAACAAUAUAAUUAUACUUCAAAUAAUAAUAUUAUAAUUAUUUUAAGUUUAUUAUACUUAAAAGUCAAUCUGAACCACAUCUCGAUUUUGGAACAGGGCCUUCACGAUCCAUGGGACGAUACUGAAUGGCCCAUGUCCAUGUAUGAGUGAUUAAGGGCCCAAAGUUAAUUAGGGUUAUUAAUGGUACUCGGCUAGGGUUAAUGGUACUCGGGUAGGGUUAGUUGUGCGGAAUAAGAAGACGAGUAGAACCCUUUCCCACAGACUAGUCUUGUUCAUAACGAACAAGGAAAUCACGUAAAUCGUGCCCCGUUUUGAUUACCUUCUGUUUCGUUUCAAUUAACUUCUGUGUCGAUUAUCAUGGUAUCAGAGCCUGGACUAAUGGAGACUGGCGGUAUCAAUGCGAAGCUGAAUUCAAAGAACUUUGCGUUAUGGGUUCAGUUUCGAAUGUUUGUUGAAGGCCAGGGUUUCGCUGGUCAUCUCGAUGAGUCGACGAAGAAGCCAACGGUUCCACCGACAUCCAAUCAGGAGUUGGCCAAGUGCGUGCAAUCGGAUGCUGAGUUACGGUCUUGGAUUUUGAAGUCUGUGGAUCCCUCUAUUGUCCUGGGCUUUCAUCUUCUUCCUAUUGCCACUGUUAUAUGGAAGUUGUUGUGUGAUACGUAUGAUACUACAAGUGUGACGAGGCAAUUUGAGCUCGAGAUCGAGCUUGGGAAUCUUCAUCAGGGCAAUCAGGAUGUCACAACGUACUUUAAUUCGGCUAGGUUGUUGUGGACGGAGCAAGACCUUCUGGGCGCCGCAUUGUCCUCCCAGCAGUCUGCCGAGCUUCAAGCAUAGAGAAACCGCACAAGGCUACUGCAUUUUUUAGCCAGGUUAUGACCUGAUUUUGAGAAUGUGUGUGCCACUCUUUUCAAUUGAGAAGAUCUUCAACUGAAGCAGGUCCUGGGUGCUCUCAUUCGGUAGGAAACGAGACUGUGGGCGCAAGAAGCUAUUGAUGCGCGCCUAGGGAAUGGUGAAGGUACAAUUUUUGCCGCUACAGUUAAAGGAAAUCAGCCUAUAGGAGCUGGGCCUGCGCAAGGCGAGUGGAGGAUAUGGCGGUCGAAUUAGUCAAAAUCCAGCUAGGAGCGACAACUAAGAUGAUUUCAGUGAUGCAGCUUUUGCAGCAUAUCGGGGAGCUACCUUUCAUUGUCACGAGAAAGGCGACACAAAGAAAUAAUAUCGUCGUCGUAAUUUUGUGUGUUUAUUGUAAAACUAAAGGCCAUAUUAUUCCUGAUUAUCCAGUUAUCCAGCAGCGUGCGACUGAUGGUCUGUCGCGUGGCGGAGGAGACUUCCAGAAGCGACGCGACAGUGGUGAUUCGUAUGCCAAUGAUCUAGUGGUGAUUAUCCUAGACCUAACUCACGUGCUAGACCUCGUCCCACUUAUGCAACUCAACCAACAACGGGGCAUGAAGGGAUUUUGGUCACUCCCACUACUUUGGAGCGAUUGGUAAACAAGGCAAUAACUUCCGCCUUUGCUAGGCUUCAAGCAUAUGGUAAGCUUCCUGAUUGGAUUCUUGAUUUAGCUUGCUUUAAUCACAUGACAAAUAAGAAAUCUCUAUUGACUGAUGUUCAAUCAGUUGAGAAUCUUCCCCUUCAAGUUGCAAAUGGUUCUCACUUACCUGUGACGGGCGGGAUCGGUCCAUCAUCAUUCUCUGCAUCUCCCUAACACGUUAUAUGUGCCGAAACUUGUUUCUAAAUUGGUUUCUGUGGGUCAAUUGACUGACCAGAGUUGUGUCGUGUUGUGUUUGCACCUUCUUGGUGUUCUGUGCAGGAUCUGAAGACGGGGCGGGAGAUAGGCAGGGGUAGCAAGCAGUGACAUAUUUUCUAUCUCGAGGAGCUUGAAGACUUGCCAUCAUCAUCGUCGUCUGCGUCUAAUCCUUUGGUGUCUAGGGUAUCACCAUCUUUUCCAGUUUUUUUGAGUCUUGGUGAUAAGAACUUUCAGUUGUGGCACUACAGAUUGGGUCACCCAAACUCUAGUCGGCUAAGUACCAUGUUUAAACAAAAUUUAUUCGGUAAUAAGGUGGCACAUCCUAGUGAUUUUUUGUGCACCAGUUGUGUUGAGGCAAAGACUACACACAGUUCUUUUCCGUCUAGCCUUAUUGUUAUAUAUUACUGAAACUUUCCAUUUGAUUCAUACGGAUCUAUGGGAGCCGAGUUCAGUCACUUCUCGCCAUGGUUACAAAUAUUUUGCCCUUUUUGUUGACUAUGCCACUAGAUAUACUUGGGUGUAUUUCUUACGACUUAAAUCUUACCUUCUAUCUGUUGCCACAGAAUUUCUGAAAAUGAUCUAGACUCAGUUUGAUAGAACAAUUCGUGUAGUUCGCUCUGAUCCUUGUAGUGAGUUUAGUUCGACUCGUUUGCUCAACCUGUAUAAAUCUCUUGGGAUUCUUGCUCAAAAUUUUUGUCCUGGUGUCUUUCAACAAAAUGGCCUAGUUUAAUGGGGGAAAACAUAUAUGGCUCAUUUAGCUAGAUUUAGUACGGUCCAAAUUCAAUUUUGGUCCAUUUUUUUCAUACUUUAAAAUAGUCCAUAAGUUCAAAAUCAAAAAGAAAUAUAUUCAACCCGAUAGGAUUAGUACGGUGUGGACCGGAUCAUUGCCCAUCUCUAGUGAUUAGUCGAGGCCAAAACUACAGGACAAACCUUCGUAUCUAGCGUUCUAAUCGUUCGUUCGAUAUAUUUUUUAUCAGUUUGCCCUCAAAUCGUGUUAACACGAAGUCGAACGGCGAGACCCUAGUAACGAUGCUAAUCAUAACACUGGAUAAGUGAACAUAUUCAACGUAUGGAUUCCUAAUAUAUAUAUAUACCAAAGUUGAAAGGGUUGAUCAACUAGAGGCAUUCGAUCGUAACUGUUGGCGUCAAAAUCACAAACCGGGGCCACUAGGCCAUCUUGGAUGAUCGAGCAUAACUACUAGCUAGCUCUGACAUUAUUAUUAUUAUUAUUAUUAUUAUUGAAGGUGGUUUCUUGGUCAAAGGGUGGGCAAUCUGACCAAGAUACAUAGUUUUUUUAUGGAUGAUGGAGAAUUUUAUAAGAAACUAAGCAAUCCAGA